AUGAUAUUCAAGAACGGAGACUGCAGAUACAAUCGUGAAUUUUUUUCCAACUUUACACUGCUCGUUAACAAUGGCCAACUACAAAUGGAUAUGAUUCUUGUGAGACAACUUGUCAUGGGUCUAAAAGCACAUCUCAGCUUUGAAUUUCGUGUCUCCAAAUCCAAGACGUACCAGAGCUUAUUUCAGCAUGAUCUGAACUAUUGUAAUAUGCUAAAGGGUAAUCAGCAAACACUUUAUCGUCGUUUGUUUUUGAGCAUGCUUAAGGUGGGAAACUUUGCCCGAAGUUGUCCAAUUCAACCCGGAUAUUACUAUUUAAAGGGCUGGACAUUUAAUGGUGAUAUUGUGCCCUCAUUUUUGUACUUGGGUGACUAUCGCGUUGGCGGCAGUUUUUACUACGGAAAGUACAGAAGAAAAACCGAAAAUCCUCUGUUAGAAUGCACCUUGGAAGCCAUACUGCACAACUAA